GUCGAAUGGGCCCGAUUCCAGCCCCGCGGGGCCCGGACCGGCCACGGUGGGUCCGAUCGGAGUGCCGGCAUCGGCCGCACCGGAGCAGGCCUGGCUUGAGUGGCCGACGCCUGUGGCUUCGACAUCAACCGACCAUGCCAUACAUUGCAGCUUCUUGCUUCCUCUUAAAACAUCGACCACCCGAGCUACAUAUGCAUCACGCUUCCAUUUGCAGUAGCAUAACUUGAGGUGGCUGGCUAUAUGUGUUGCCAAUAGGACCCCUCGGCCACUAAUAAACCAACUACCCCUAACCGUCAUAAAACCGACGGGCUUGAUGGCGUGCGGAGAAUUGCCCAACCGGGCCGAGAAACAAAGGCCGCGCCUUGCCACUUCACGCCCUUCUGAUUUGUCACGGGUAGACAUCUUCGGGCUUCGAAUCAAGUCGGGAUUUGGUGGCGUGGGUGGAAGUGGAAUGAAUUGACAAAUAAAUGUAUAGCGCUUUCUGGAGACUCAGGCACCCAUAAGGUGCCCUUUGUGCCCUUCUAAACUACGCAGAAAAGCAGCGGUCCCUGUGGAGAGUCCAAUAAUCCCAGCUUCUAACUUCCUGGAUAUUGUAUCAUACUGUACAACAGAGCACCCACAUGGCCCUCCACCACUCACGGCCGACCUGGCACGCCGGCGAGCUCGCAGUACACAAGCUCGUCCGCGUCCCGACCCGCGAGAACCCGACGGCAGCAGGCCUCCCCGCGAGCUACGGCUACCGGGUCCAGGCCUCCCCGCUCGUGGCCCUCGGCGCCCUGGACGACGAGGGCCGGCCAUGGACCACCGUCUGGGGCGGGGAGCCCGGGUUCGCGCGGCCCAUCGGCCACGACCUGCUCACGGCGGCCAGCCUCGUCGAUGCCGACCACGACCCCGUCGUCUCGGCGCUGUUCGGCGGCGGUGGGGGAGAGACCAGGACCAGGACCGACAGGAGGUACGAGAUGGGCCCGGCCGACUUCGCGUCCGGCGGCGGCAGGGUCGUCUCCGGGCUGAGCAUCGACCUCGAGACGCGCGACAGGGUGAAGCUCGGCGGGAGGCUGGUCGAGGGCGGCGUGGCGAGGGGCGGCGAGGGCGGGGACGGGGACGGACCCGCGCGCGCCGAGGUGGUCGUCCUCGUCGAGGAGGGCCUGGGGAACUGCCCCAAGUACCUCAACAGGCGGGCCGUCCGCGCCGCGGUGCCGGAGCCCCGGCUGUUGUCGGGCGCCCUGCCGCUCCCGGCCGAGGCGGUCGCGCUGCUCGGCCGGGCGGACCUGUUCUUCCUGUCGACGGCGGCGGCCGACGGGCGGACCAUGGACACGAACCACCGCGGCGGGCCCCCGGGGUUCGUGCGCGUCAUGCGGAACAGCGAUGCCGAUGGUGUCGACCUCGUGUACCCGGAGUACUCGGGCAACCGGCUGUACCAGUCCCUGGGGAACAUGCACUCCCGGCCGCUCGUGGGCGUGUGCGUCCCGGACUUCGACUCGGGCGACGUGCUGUACCUCACGGGCGAGACGCAGAUCCUCGUCGGCGCCGACAGCAGCAGGGUCCUGCCGCACACCAAGCUCGCCGUCAGGAUCCGCGUCACGGCGGCGAGGUACGUGGCCGGGGGCCUCCCCUUCCGCGGCGGCGGCGGCGGCGGCGGCGCGACCGACUAUAGCCCGUACAACCCGCCGGUGCGUCGCCUCGCGGCCGAGAUGGACGACGAGGGGGGCCCACCGCCGGCCGAUGACAACACCAGGCCAUCCGCGACGGCCACGCUCGUCGGCAGGGAGAUCAUCACGCCGACGGUGGCGCGCUUCACCUUCCGCCUCGGGACGGCGCCGGGGGCCAAGAAGCUCGCCCGGUGGGAGGCGGGGCAGCACGUCACCCUCGACUUCGCGCCCGAGCUGGAUAUCGGCUGGUCGCACAUGCGCGACGACGACCCGGCCAGCCUGAACGACGACUUUGUCCGCACCUUUACCGUCUCCAACGCCCCGCCCCCAGCAGGAGCGCAGCCCGGCGAGGGCGACGGCGGGGACGGUGGCACGCCGCCCGUGAUCACAGACGGCACGGAGCUGCAGAUCACGGCGCGGAGGCACGGCCCCGCCACGGGGCUGCUGUGGCGGCAGAACCUGCGCGCCCCGCUGGAGCUGCCGGUGCUGGGCUUUGGCGGGUCCGAGGCGUUCCGCGCGGCGGCCGCCGGGGGGGAGAAGGAGGUUGUGUUCGUCGCGGGCGGCGUGGGCAUCACGCCCAUCCUGGCGCAGGCCCCGGGGCUGCUUGCCGCCGCAGGAGGAGGAGGAGGGCAGACGGGCUUCUCCCUGCUGUGGGGCCUGCGCGCGGCCGACCUGCCCCUCGCGGUCGACUCUUUUACGCGGUGCGAGGGCCUUGCGGCGCGGAGCCGGGUGUUUGUCAGCGGCGGGGACGCCCCCGUGGCCGGCGGGGACAUCUCGCGGCUUGAGGGUCUCGGGGCUGUGGUCACGGCGGGCAGGCUGACGCGGGAUGGCGUGCUGCUCCGGCGUGGAGGGGAUCAGCGCCCCAGGAAGUAUUAUUGCUGCGCGGGGCCUGGGCUGAUCAAGGAGCUCCUGGGCUGGCUCGACGGUGAGGAGGUGGUAUAUGAGAGCUUUGAAUACUGA